AUGAUUAUCGUAGUACUGCAAAGCAAUUGCGGAGCUCAUGAGAGGGCACUUCUCAACAAUCUCCUGGCCAAGUACAACACCCUGGAGCGACCGGUGGCCAACGAGAGUGAACCGCUCGAGGUGAAGUUUGGUAUAACGUUGCAACAAAUUAUUGAUGUGGACGAGAAGAAUCAGAUCCUGACAACGAACGCGUGGCUAAAACUGGAAUGGACGGACUACAAUCUCCAGUGGAACGAGAGUGACUACGGAGGAGUGAAGGACCUAAGGAUAACGCCAAAUAAGUUGUGGAAACCCGACGUCCUCAUGUACAACAGUGCGGAUGAGGGUUUUGACGGGACGUACCAAACAAACGUAGUGGUCACGCAUAACGGCAGUUGCCUGUACGUCCCACCGGGCAUCUUCAAGAGCACAUGCAAGAUAGACAUCACUUGGUUCCCCUUUGACGACCAACACUGUGACAUGAAGUUCGGAUCCUGGACCUACGACGGCAACCAGCUCGAUCUCAUACUCAACUCGGAGGAGGGAGGUGACUUGUCCGAUUUCAUCACGAACGGGGAGUGGGACCUCAUCGGAAUGCCUGGCAAGAAGAACACGAUAAUUUAUCAGUGCUGUCCAGAGCCGUACGUCGAUGUUACCUUUACGAUACACAUUCGCAGGAGGACAUUGUAUUAUUUCUUCAAUCUUAUUGUGCCAUGUGUACUUAUAUCGAGUAUGGCACUACUUGGUUUUACGCUGCCACCAGACUCCGGGGAAAAGCUCACCCUAGGAGUGACCAUUCUACUGUCGCUGACAGUCUUCCUGAACCUCGUUGCCGAGAGCAUGCCGACAACGUCGGACGCUGUCCCAUUAAUAGGAGUGACCAUUUUGCUAUCGCUCACGGUGUUCCUGAAUCUAGUUGCUGAGACCCUGCCACAGGUCUCCGACGCAAUACCCCUGUUAGGGACGUACUUCAACUGCAUAAUGUUCAUGGUGGCGAGUAGCGUUGUCCUCACCGUCCUGGUCCUCAAUUAUCAUCACCGGACGGCCGAUAAUCACGAGAUGCAGCAAUGGGUGAAGACUAUUCUGCUGCAGUGGUUGCCCUGGAUGCUUUGCAUGCACAGACCGGGGAAAAAAAUUACGCGGAAGACGAUUAUGAUGAGUAAUAAAAUGAGAGAAAUCGAGCGACACAAUAAAUCAAGCAAGAGCCUCAUUGCCAAUGUCGCUGAUAUGAAUGAUGAUUAUCGGUGCAGGAGCGCAAUCGGAGGUGGGCAUGACACACCUGGCAGACCAUCGACGGUCGACGAAACGGCAGCAUCAAUGCCACUCAGUGGAACACAACGGGAACUCCAAACGAUUCUCAAGGAGCUUCAGUUUAUUACUAAGAGAAUGAAAAAGGCUGAAGUCGAGGCGGAGAUCAUCAGCGAUUGGAAGUUUGCUGCGAUGGUCGUUGAUAGGCUAUGCUUGAUACUUUUUACGAUGUUCACGGUGAUCGCAACAAUAGCCGUGCUUUUAUCAGCGCCACAUAUAAUCGUCCAGUAGUAAACUGCCCAGGCCCAGCCACCAAAAAAUCUUUCGGAAGAAGCCACCUCCUAAUACAAGUAGAAUCGAGAGAACGAGUCGUUCGAGUCGAGAUAAAGUGGCUGUGAACUAGAGAAGUGGACGAAAUAGUUUCACAGAAAAAAAAAAAAACAGAGCCACGCCCCAGGAGAGAAAGAAGAAGGGCCAAACUUUCGCCGAGAGUGGAUGGAAAAAAAAAAAGUGGCAGGCCAGUAGUACAUACCGUGAGUGCAACAAAGUACUUGUAACUCCGUGCCCUCUUCGGGGGUUCCUCUGAGAAAACAAUCUCCUCGACUCGUCAAUUCAAUGCACAAGGAAAAUAUGUAAGAACAAGCGAAGAACGUGUAUCUUACACGACUCGUUCAAUCUCGAUUGUGGAAAAGGGAGGAAAACUCUUCCACUAUUCAAAAAGAAAAAACCACCAUUCGAAACACUUGAAAGAAAAUUCUCCAACAACUUCCACUUCGAUAUCUUCCACUUCUCGACGUUAUUCUCCGCGACGCGAGAGCAUCGGACCACCGCCUAAUUCUCGCAGACGCUCAUUUUAUAUGACCAAUUCAUCGUUCGGAGAUCACAGCAUUGGCCCUGCACCCAAAAAACAUGAGUACAACUUCUCCAUUCGAUUCAAGCCCUCGUAUAUGAGUUGAUAAGUCACUGCUUUUUUCAAAAAAUCUCCCAAUAAUAUAUUUAUCCCUGUGAUUUCAAUAAUUUUUUUAACCUGAUUCACUUUGCUGGAGUACGAUUACUGCAGUAUGAUUUAAUUAAUUUAAUUAUAUUUCAAAGUGAUUUUUGGGUGCAGUCCCUGUAAUUUUACCGAGGGCAAGAAAGCCGCAGUGAACGCUCGAAGUGAAUUCUGCCAAUUCCUGACUGCGGGAAUUCCACAAUUUCCGUUUGCAGCGAAAAAAAAAAAAUAGUCAUUAACUCGCUUUACUCAUUGAAACAUUAAUGACUCGGCACAGAACUCAUAAAAAUACACAACGAUGCUCAAACGCUCGGGUUGCUGCUACAAAAACGAAAUCACGUGUAAUAAUUUUUUCACCGUCACGUGCGAAUCGAUACAGAAACGAUAAUCAUAAAAAAUAUUAUUAAAUCACAAAAUCGAUGAUAGAUAUAACACGUGCGAAUAUAAACACAAACUGCCAGAUCGAUUGGCGUGUUCGUGAGCGGUGAAAAAAAAAAUAAAAGAAAAAACAAUGGAGGAUAAACCACUGAGGAAUUUCCCACUCUCUGCUAAACCAGAAAUUCCUCUUCUAAGGUAUUAAUAUUAAAUAUAUAAUUAUGUAGGUAUACAAUACGCUAUCGAGCGGUGAAUAUCGUUUCUCUCCGCGCUGUGUAAAUAAAAAAAUAAAUUUUUAGUUGGAGAUUAGAAGGGAUUUACGAAUUAGAUCGUAACGUAAUUUUACUACGUUGGCGCAAAAAGGGGAUGUUUUUGGUUGGGGUGAGCCCGUGGUACGGAUUUUCAUAUAACAAGUGUUCAUAAUGUACGUCGAGGUCUGUCUCGUAUGGUCGAUUA